AACUGGUAGGUGUACGUGGGUUAGUGAGGUUGGUCCGGAGCGGAGUGUGUACGGGUGUAUGAGUGAGUGGAUGAUUGUGUGUGUGAGUGUGUGAGAGUGUAAAUGUGUGUGUGUGUGAGAGUGUGUGUGAGGGAUGUGAGCGCUGCUGGUAUAAAUGAGGGGAGUGGAGUUAGUGCGGGUUGUUCGGGAUGAGAUGGCGCGGAGACCCGGCAUGCUCUGCGCGGUUCUGCUGCUCACCUGUACCGUCAUCCUGCUCCUCACCUGCAGUCGUGCUAAGUCGGUGGUGGCGGUGGCCCGGCCGCCGGUGCGGUUCUUCCCCCCGUCUGUGCCGGUGCUGGACCUGUACCAGGGGCAGGAGGAUCAGGUCCAGUUCCUGACCGAGGGCGCGGACGUGGUCCUUCUGUUUUAUUACGCGCCGUGGUGCGCCCACUCCAUGGGUGCCAGGGAACACGUCCAGCAGGUGGCGCAGCACCUACACACUCAGGUCCAGUUCGUGGCGGUGAACUGCUGGUGGCACCAGGGGAGGUGCAGAAAACAGAGGAACUUCCCCCAGUACCCAGUGAUCCAUCUCUACUACAGGAGGUUCGGUCCUAUCCAGUAUAAAGGUCCCGUAACGGUGGAGUAUCUGGAGAACUUCAUCAGGAGAAUCUGUACCCCCCUCACCUACCUGCCCUCCGUCCCCGCCCUGCACAUCUUCUUAUCUCACCACCAGCAGGGCGUGGUGGGCUUCUUUGAGUUCAAUUCAUCUCCCCAGCCGCCUGGUUACCUCACCUUCCUGUCGUCUGCACUGCACAUGCUCAGUAGAGAUUCUCAGGGAACGGUGCGCUUCGGGGUUGUGACCAAUAGGAAGGUGGCGGAGGAAAUUUCACUGAGGAGAGAUCAGACGGUGUAUCUGCACCGCCGCUUCAACAGCUCGCUCGUGUUCCCGCGGGCGGGGCAGAACUUCACGGCGGAGGCGCUCUGUAGCUGGGUGUUGAAGAACAGCGAGCGCACCGUCACCUGGAUCCAGCUGCUGGGGGAGAAGAGCCACGCCCUGGAGGUGGAGCUCCAGAAGGGACCCGCGCUUCUCGUCUUUCUUCCUCAGAGUCCUCUCGUACCCGGUGGUCCCGUUUCGGAGGUGGCAGAGGUGGCGCUGCGGUACCACUCGUGUUACCUGUCAGACGCCGUCUCCGCUUCCGGUCUCUCCGCCCCGAGGUGCUGCAAGUCCCUGUCUCUCCAUGCUAACGCUAACCUGAGCGGCGGUGUGUGCGAGCUGUGCGUGAGCCCGGUGUUAGCGGGCGAACACUGGCGCUGCCCGGCGACCAAACUGGACAGCGUGCUGGACUCGUUCCUGCGCCACCCUGCGCCCGCGCCGUCCUCCGCCUGCAGCCACGCGCGGCACCACUACGGUUCGCUCGGACACUACAGCGCCUGCUGCGACCGACUCCGCCCCCUGGAGGAGGGCGGGGUCACGGGGUUGCACUGUCGGACCAAUAAGACGCUCAGGUUCUACCUGCUGGAUUCCAGGCUGUCGUGGCCCCUGGCACAAAGACUCGGGGCCACGGGCAACGACCCACAAACCUUCAUCACCAUCGUCAACCUGAGGGACGAUACACACUACGUCCUGCAGGAUCCACACCGGGACACGCUGGAGCGCUUCAUCGUGAACUUCAGCGCCCCCUACAGUCCCCUGCAGAGACACCUGGUGGGGGAAGCAGAACCUCACCCCCCACAGUCACAGCCCCUCAUCCAGGAAGUGAGCACACACUCCUUCACCAGAGUGGUGAUGGAUCCUGAGAGGGACGUGCUGCUGUUCUACUACACCAGCUGGUGCGGGUUCUGCACGGUCCUGAACCACGUCCUCCUCAAACUGGCUCGCCUGCUUCAGGGGAACGGGGGCGUGGUGGUGGCCAGGGUGAACGUUGGUGUUAAUGAUCUGCCCUGGGAGUUCAUGGUGGAUCACCUGCCCACCUUCCUCUUCUUCCCCAAACACAGGAAACACAUGAGUGUGAAGUUCCCGGAGAACCUUCGUAUCACUCUUCCCAACCUGGUGCGCUUCAUCGUCCAGCACUCCGACUCCUUCUCUCAGGAGGGGUCGGGACCUAAAGCCCUGCUGGAGGUGGAGCUCCGUACCCUGCAGGGUGAGGUGCUGUCCCUGCAGCGAGCCCGGGAGCGCCUCUCUCAGCAACUGGCGACGCUCUGGCGGGAGAACCGGCGCCUGUCGCGGCACAACGAGGCGCUGCAGUCCCAGAAUGCCGAGCUGCAGGAGCAGAGCGAUCACCUGGAGACCCUGUACAGGGAGAAGAGCCGGCAGCUGUCGGACGCCGUGAAGAGACUGCAGGAACUCGCCGACGCUUCGGAGGAACUGUUGAACCAGAACUCGCUCCUCAAGGUCCUGCUCGGUGUCCUCCACAAGAGGGACAGGAACGAGGAGCAGGAGCAGAGUCGGGACGAGGACAGAGGGGAGACGGAACCAGAUGUUUCCUGACAGCUCAGGGAUGGUGUCGGUGAUUCAGGGUUCCUCUGGGUAGUGUUAGCGCUUGGGUAGUUGCUAAGGAGUCCGAAGAAAGCAAGAAGUUGUUGUUAAGUGUUAAUGGUGAUGCUGCCACCUUGUGGAAAUAUUGAAAAUUGAAGGAGAAAUUAAAAGCGUACGCUUUAUCCAGCGCCUGCGAUCACACCUAUGAAAUAAACUACAACCAGUUCAACCCUAAUUUAAAUGAAUUUAAUCAGUACAAAUUGCUCUCCUGGUACCUCAUGGAGUCCACGAUACCUUACAUUGGGGAUUUGGUCCGUGCCUGUGGAAACCAUCCCUUUCUUUACACCCAGACCCACGCCAACAGCUUCAUUUUUGUCUCAUCUGACCAUGAGAACCCAGUUCCUGCCCAGAACCGUCUGGGAACCUCCAGGUGCUUUUGUUUGCGGGUAAAUAAUACAGAGUCUUUCUUCCGACAAGCCUGUUAUGAGGUUUGUUGGAACAAAACGUGGAUCCUGGUGUAGAUUUGGAAUAUUGGUGACUACAAAAUGCUGCAAAUCUCACUUCUUUUUUUACUUACAAAAUUAAUACUAAAACCAAAGCUAAACUAUUUAAAUCGAGAGAAUUAUCCUAAACUCGGAACUACUAUAUUAGAAAUAUGAGAUGAUCAUUUUUACAGAGACACUGUCACACCAAGAAUAGAUAUUCUGGUAGUUUUUGUCUAAAAUAUGGUAAAAUCCACAUGUGCACUCUCAGUUGCACUCUCAGUUUCACUCUCAGUUUUAGGAUUCAUGCAAAAUUAGCUUAGUCUUUUCAGUGCUGAUCAAUUUGUUCAUUUCUACCCGUCUUUACCACAUAUCUGUUCAUCUUCUGUGCUUUAAUUUGUCUUUUUUUCGGUUUGUUUUGAUUUGUUGACCCGCCAGGUAUUACCCUGUCCCCCCGUGUUCCACAGUAUUUGAGUAUUUUUGGGAGUAUUUUGUGUAUUAGCGGGUGUAACUACACUCUACAGUCCCUAAUUCAUUAGACGUUAUUGUAGAAAUGCCGCCAUCUAGUGGUAAUGUGAGGAAUAACUAUUAGGUCCAUGGGGAUCAAUUAUAAUUAAGCAAACAGAGACGCCUGGUGGUGGUGUUAGGAACUGCAGCCUCGUUUACCUCAGCGGUUUUAAUGUCACAAAAAUAAAAUGUAAAAGAUUUGCCUUCGCUAACAUUUGAGCGUGAAUAAAAUUAACCAUAAAUUAGUUAAAACGUUAUACAGAUUUAAAGUUUGCUAAAUUUGAAGCUGUUUCCAACAACACGAUGCUAUGCUCUCUGUGUAAGUUAGCUUAGCUUAAGCUUUGUAGCAAACGAGGCUACAAACAAUGAUAAUAAUAAUAAUAAUUAAUACUAUAAUCAUAUAAAUUUGGGAUUUUAAUCUUCAUAGUCGAAGCCACAAAACCUGAAAUAAUUCUGUUAGCAUUUAGGUAUAACCGAAUGCUGACCGAACCAGAAUAUUAUAUUAUAUUUGGCUAAAUUUUACACUUUGAGUUCAAUUACACACAUUUAUUAAUAGCAAUAGCAAUGCAGAAAUGUUCCUAAUGUGGCUUCAAGCCAGAAGUAAAAUUUAUAAUAAUAAUAAUAAUAACAAUAUAAAAUGUGGGACUUUAAUCUUCAUGCAUGAAGCCACAACACCAAAACAAAUCACCACUGACUGAACCAGAAUAGUUCAUUAUUUUGGGCUAAAUUUUACAGUCUGAGCUCAAUUACACUCAUUUGGUGUAAACAGGUUAAAUUUGACUGCUGGAGCUCAGUAGGAGCGUCGGUCCUCAUGUGUUUUAGGUUGCUAAUUCUUUAUCUAAGUUGCCUCUGAUGAUUUAGCUGGUUUAAAGUCAACAAAAUAGACCUGAUUCUUAUAAAGCACGAAGCAUCUGUUGAUGGUAAAUAUUCCACUUGCAUUUGAGGUUUCAUGGAAAUCUCAACAGUCCCAGAACGGGUUCCUGAAGUUCUUACGUUGUUGCUAAACAGGUUGGACGGACAGCUAAGAGACAAAUUAGCUCUGGUUCUGUAAAUAACCUGAGGAUAUGUUUCUACCUUUUCUUAGUAUUUUUCUCUGAUACAGUGAUUUAUUUUUACACAAAUCGAACUUGUCUGAUCGGUGAAUGGUCCUCAAAUAAAGUCGAGGUAUUGAGAA